GCAAACAGUUUGUUCCUAUGACGAUCUUUCCCUUGAUUUCGAUAGCAGUUAGUUCUUCCAUUCUUCAGAACAAUGUCUCAGGAGUCAGAGGCGAGCUCAAAGUACCUUCUCAGACUCAGAAAUGCAGCUCAGGUGGUGAUGGUAUGCUCAAACAAGGAGAGAGUGCUGAGAGGAACUGAGAUGCAGACAGUGGCUGUUCUAGACUCCGACUCCAGCAGAGGACUGAGUGUGGCUGUGGACAUGGAGGGAGUAAUUGCAGCGAUAGGAUUCGAUGAUGAAAUUGAUGUCCUGCUGGCCCGUAGCGCUGUUGAUAGGGAGAUUGAUGCUACGGGGAUGAGUGUGGUACCGGGACUAGUAGACGCGCACACACACCCUGUAUGGGUGGGCGAUAGAGUACACGAGUUUGCAAUGAAGCUAUCAGGAGCCACAUACAUGGACGUUCAUGCAAUGGGUGGUGGUAUCCACUUCACAGUGAACCAGGUCCAUCAAGCCACCUUCGAGCAGCUGUAUGACUCACUGGCCCAUCGACUCACUCUAAUGUUACAGGGAGGAACCACACUGGUGGAGGCAAAGAGUGGAUAUGGUCUGAAUCUGGAUAAUGAAGCCAAGAUGCUGAGGGUUAUUGAGAGGGCCAGAGAGGAGCAUUCUAUUUCUGUGUCCACGACUUAUUGUGGAGCCCAUGCUGUACCAAAAGGAGGCACAGCUGCAGAGGCUGCUCAGAACGUGAUAGACGUACAGAUUCCUGCCCUGAGGGACCUCUGCUCCUCCGGUUCACUGCACAUAGACAACAUUGAUGUGUUCUGCGAGAAAGGUGUGUUUGAUACAGACACUUCCAGGCGGAUUCUCAAAGCGGGCAAGGAGGCGGGCUGGAACAUCAACUUCCAUGGGGACGAGCUCAACCCUAUGAACUCUGGAGAGUUGGCUGCUGAUCUUGGAGCAUGUGCAGUGAGUCAUCUUGAGCGUGUGUCGUCAGCUGGCAUUGAGGCGAUGGCAGCUGCUGAGGUGGUGGGUGUCCUACUACCCACAACGGCGUACAUCCUGCGACUCAACCCACCCCCUGCCAGGAAAAUGAUGGACGCAGGAAUGGCCAUUGCUCUGGGCAGUGAUUUCAACCCCAAUGCCUACUGCAUGUCUAUGCCGAUGGUGAUGCACCUGGCCUGUGUCCACAUGCACAUGACAAUGCCUGAAGCUCUGAUAGCCUCAACACUCAAUGCAGCUGCCUCUCUCGGACUGUCAGAUCGGUUCGGCUCCAUCGAGAUAGGGAAACAAGCGGACAUGCUUCUCUUGAAUGCCCCCAAGUGGGAGCAUCUAAUCUACCAGUUUGGUUGCCAAAGAGACGUUAUCAAGCACGUCAUCAAGGGAGGCAAAGUCUUGCAUACAAACUGAAUAGACCACGUAUACUGUGCAUGUACUUGCACUCAUCCAAACAAACAAUUAAUUUUUGUAUUUCGCAUUAGUUGCUUACUUGAAAAUAAAUCUCGAUCUUCAUGAAAA